CCUCUUCUCAUAUCUCUUCUGUUUUGAGCCUUCUCUCAAGUUCUUGUCGAAACAGAUCAUGAUAAAACAUGGGCCUGUUUGGUUUUUAAAUUCGACCGUUUGCUCUUCAGUGUUUGCGCACUAUGUCAAUGUACUCAAGUAACCUGCCGACAAUCGGCAGGAAAAUAUGCCAUCUUCUGUUCUCACUUCAUUCACUUAAACCAAAGUUCCUUCUUUCUUUUCCUUAAUCGCUCCUUUCUAAGGUCCUAAACCCAACCCUUCUUUUCUGUUACUCGACUUCGAUUCCUCCUACAAUUCCAUUCUUGAUUGACGCUUAGUGAUCUGCAGCCCAGUUCAACAUCUGCGUCCGGACCGUUUGCGUAUAGAUUUCAUCAUGGGGGACGCAUCGACCAUCGUCUCUACUAUUGUAUCUGGUUCUUUGGAAGGUUCCAUUCAAGGAAGAGAUCAAUCCUCCUCGGAUGAGUCCCGGAUAGAAAUCAUCUCCCCUGCCCAAGAAGUCUCUCAGCGCCGACAGACCCAGAAAGCGAACUUCGAAGCACUACUCGCUAAGCGCGCGGAUACCUGUGAUGAGAAAGUUGAGGGGCCACAAGUGGCUCAGGUCUCCACGGCUAAGCUGUUCGCCAAAGACCAAGAGCAAGGCACGCUGGACCCUCGAGAAUACCAAAUAGAGCUGUUUGAAAGGGCCAAAACUGAGAACACAAUUGCGGUUCUGGCAACAGGUGCCGGAAAGACCUUGAUAGCCGUCCUUCUACUAAAGUACACAAUCGAAAAGGAGCUCAAUGACCGUGCCGAAGGGAAACCACGAAGAAUCUCAUUCUUCUUGGUUGACAGUGUCACUCUUUCCUACCAACAAGCAGGGGUUCUGAGGAACAAUCUAGAUUCCAACGUUGGCCACAUUUUUGGAGCCCUUGGUACCGAUUUUUGGAGCCAGGAGACAUGGGAUGAAUGCCUCGAAAAGUACAUGGUCAUUGUUUGUACAGCGGAAAUUCUGCAUCUAUGCCUGCUUCAUGCCCACAUCAAAAUGGAACAGAUCAAUCUUCUGAUCUUCGACGAGGCUCAUCAUACAAAGAAGCAUCAUGCUUAUGCUAAGAUUAUUAGAGACUCAUAUCACCAAGUGACACCUUCGAAACGGCCGAGGAUUUUUGGAAUGACCGCAUCUCCAAUUGACACAAAGGGCGACAUUGUCGAUGGCGCUAUGCAGCUGGAAGAGCUUUUGGACAGCAAAAUCGCCACAGCCUCUGAACUGUCCCAGAUACGCCGAUUUAUCCAACGCCCAAAAGAGGAGAUGUGGAUCCAUAAUAAACUUCCAUCUCCUUUUGGAACAAAGCUGUGCAAUCUUUUGGAGAGUAAAUUUGGCGACAUCGAGGACCUAAGGUCUGCAUUCAGAUUUGCCUGGCGUGCUAGCUCAGAGCUCGGUAGGUGGUGCUCAGAUGGGAUAUGGAAGCAGGUCUUCUCAGCUAGCGUGCUUCCAAGGCUGGAGGGGAAAUCGCAGGAGGAGAUGUCGCGACUACAAGAAGCCAAUGACAUUGCCAGUACCCAUAUACUCAAUGACCCAGAUGAGCCAGGGGAGCUAAGCCCGAAGGUGCAGCUCCUACGGAAGAAACUCGCAGAACACUUUCAAGAAAAUCCGGACACUAAGUGCAUCGUCUUUACAGAAAUGCGCUACACUGCCCUCAUGCUGUUGGAGCUUUUUAACGUUCUAGGGGUACCUCGGAUACGCCCUGGGCUGCUAAUCGGAGCGCGGUCUGAUGAUGUGACUGGAGCAAAUAUCUCUUUUCGUCAGCAGUUCCUAGCCCUAGUCAAAUUUCGAAGCGGGGAGAUAAACUGCCUGUUUGCUACUUCGGUGGCUGAAGAAGGGCUUGACAUUGCCGACUGUAACCUAGUCGUACGAUUCAACCUGUUCAACACAAUGAUACAAUACGUUCAAAGCCGGGGUCGUGCUCGGCAGUCAAACUCUACGUAUGCGAGUUUGAUCGAGAGGUACAACCGUGAACAAGAGGACCGACUUCAACAAGUCCGAGAUGCCGAAAACAUAAUGAAACUGUUUUGCGAAUCACUCCCAGAAGACCGAAUAUUGAAGGGCAACGACUGGGUCUCGAAUUCAUCACCCUCAGACGAAGUCGAAAGAGCGUAUACCAUCAAGAGCUCAGGCGCACGAUUGACUUACCAUUCUGCACUAGCUGUUCUAGCAAGGUAUGCAAGUUCACUGCAAUACGAAGGAGACCUGUCAGCUCAGGUUACGUAUGUGGUACUUCCUGUCAAUGAUACGUUUGUUUGUGAGGUUAUACUCCCGGAAAGAUCUCCUGUCCGAGGCCUUACCGGCAGUCCAGCAAUGAACAAGUCAACCGCAAAACGAUCAGCGGCUUUCGAUACCUGCAUCAUGCUUCGGAAGCAUGAGCUUAUUGAUGACCAUUUCAACUCCGCUUAUCAUAGGCGUCUGCCCGCUAUGAGAAAUGCUAAGCUCGCUAUCACCUGCAAGAAGACUAAUCAAUACGACAUGCUGCUGAAGCCAUCCCUCUGGGCUUCUGGACGCGGCACGCUGGUGGAAACAUUUCAUGCAACUGUCAUAACAUUCAGGCCUACUCAGCCACUCGCCCGGGAGCUGGUGAACCUAGUCUUACUGUCUCGGGAGGAGUUAACCACCAUGCCCCAGUUUCCCAUAUUCCUUGAGGAAGAUGAUAUAGAGACUAUGGUUCAUUGCAUCCCCUUGGAGAAGACCUGCGCAAUCUCGGUCGAGCAAGUUGGCUCUCUCACUGAGUUUACAUUGCGCGUCUUCCGUGAUGUGUUCCAGAAAACCUACAGCUGCGAAUCUGCGAAUAUGCCAUAUUGGCUCGCGCCAACAAAUGUGCAAAGCGCUCCCGCAAGCGACAUUGACUCGGCAGAAUAUAUCGACUGGGAUACUGUUCAUCUAGUGAAUAACAACGACGAGCUGGAUUUCCCAGAGGAUGUGGCACCGAGCACCCUGUGUGAUCGGUUUGUGUUCGAUCCGUGGGAUGGGCGGUGUCGAUUUUUCACUCUAGAAGUUGACCAGAGUCUGAAGCCUUCGGAUCCUCCUCCUGAUUUUGUGCCCCGUCGUCGAUGUAUGGACAGUAUCAUGAACUACUGUAUCAGCUUAUCCAAAAAUUCGCGAGCUAAGUUUCUGGCCAAAUGCAAUUGGGACCAGCCAGUCUUGAGAGCAGAAUUGGUCCGCUUGAGACGAAACAUGCUGGAUAAGAUGACAGAUCCGGAGAAAGAGAUCGCAACAAAGUGCUAUAUCUGUCUAGAGCCGUUGAGGGUUUCGGCGAUCCCUUCAUCAGUUGCCGCUUCCUGCCUUGCUUUUCCCGCUAUUAUUACAAGGAUCGACGCCUAUUUAAUGACCAUAGAAGCUUGCCGCGAACUUGAGCUGGUGGUGUCACCCGAGCUUGCUCUUGAAGCUUUUACGAAAGAUUCAGAUAAUACCGAGGAGCAUCGGGCCCAGCAAAUUCACCUCCAAAGAGGGAUGGGAAAGAACUACGAACGUCUUGAGUUCUUGGGUGACUGCUUCCUCAAGAUGGCAACUUCAAUCUCACUCUUUGCGCAGUACCCUGAUGAUGACGAAUUCGACUACCACGUCAGGCGAAUGUGUCUUAUCUGCAACAAGAAUCUGUUCAACACUGCGGUCAAAAAAGAGCUUUACAGGUACAUCCGCAGUCAAGGAUUCUCAAGACACACUUGGUACCCGGAAGGCCUUACUCAAAUAAAAGGCAGAGAUUUGUCCAAGAAACUUCUCGCUUCCGCUAAACACCACCUCGCGGAGAAGACAAUUGCGGAUGUUUGCGAAGCUCUGAUCGGAGCGUCUGUACUCUCAGGUGGCGCUGAGCACCGUUUUGAUAUGGCUGUCAAAGCUGUGACCAUCCUCGUCGACAACCAAGACCACGAAGCUUCAACUUGGAAAGAUUACCUUUCGAUCUAUACUAUGCCCAAAUAUCAGACUCAGAGCGUGACUGGGUCUGAGAUAGAGCUUGCUCGACUAGUUGAAGAGAAAGUCGGUUACCGCUUCAAUUACCCAAGGCUUCUUCAUUCGGCUUUCACGCAUCCUUCCUUCCCUGCGGCUUGGGCCACUGUACCAUGCUAUCAGAGGUUGGAAUUCCUCGGAGAUUCCUUGUUCGACAUGGUUUGUGUGGAGGACUUAUUCGCCCGAUACCCGGACAGAGACCCCCAAUGGCUUACAGAGCACAAGAUGGCUAUGGUCUCCAACAAGUUCCUCGGAGCUCUGGCAGUGAAACUCAAGCUCCACAAGCAUCUCAGACAUUUCAGCAACCCAUUGCAGUCUCAGAUAUCCAACUAUGUAGAAGAAAUCGAGGCCGCCGAGCUGGAACACGAAACCGUGGUUAACUUCUGGACCGAGACCACUGAUCCGCCGAAGUGUCUGCCAGAUAUGGUAGAGGCAUACCUCGGCGCAGUGUUUGUCGACUCGAAUUUUGAUUUCAACGUGGUCGAAGACUUCUACAAACGACACGUGAAGCCAUACUUUGAGGACAUGGCCAUUUACGAUACCUUUGCAAACAAACACCCGACGACAUUCCUACACAACCGACUGGCAAACGAGUUUGGCUGCACAGACUAUUGCCUUAAGGCAGGCGAAAUACCUGCUGUAGAUGGAGAGCUCCCGCGUGUUCUAGCCGCCGUGAUGAUUCAUGAUACUGUUAUCGCUGAGGGCCUUGCUUCAUCUGGACGCUACGCCAAGAUCAAAGCGAGUGAGAAGGCGCUGGCGAUUUUGGGGGAUAUUGGCCAGGCCGAAUUCCAGGACAAGUUUGACUGCAAUUGUCGGGAAAAGGAGGAUACCCAAGAAAUCGAUCCUGGAACAGCAAUCUGAGAUAGUAUGAUCUAGUAUCAUGAUCCCGGAGGAGCUUACGGGUUUUGUACCAAGGUAAAGACAAUACUGGAUAAAAUGUGAAAAUGUUGGAAUGUGGAAAGUCAGAGUGAGCUACGAAGUGAAUCGGCGGAGAGACCCAAAGUAAAGCCAACGGUUUUGGUCACGUGGAAGCAGGAACCAAAGGACGUGGCCGGGCACUAG